AUGCGCGCAAUUCAGGUUACGGAAUAUGUCAAGGACCCUCUUGACCUGACAGUAUCAGAGUUGCCUACCCCGUCUCCAUGCGCGGAUAAAUACCUGAUCAGAAUCCACGCCGCGGGGACCAACUUCUUCGACCUACUCCAAAUACAAGGGAAAUACCAGCAUCAACCACCACUCCCAUGGAUCUCUGGCAUGGAAUUUGCUGGAAUUGUCCUCAGCACCCCUAGCGCCAGCAAGAAUCCAAGGUUUGCCGUUGGAGACCGUGUAUUCGGGGCCACGCAAGGCGCGUAUGCCACCCAUAUCUUAUCCGCCGAGGCCUCACUAUUCCCACUGCCUCAUGGCUGGAGUUUUGACGACGCUGCAGGACUCUUCGUUACGGCUCCCACAUCAUAUGGCGGUCUAGUCCAUAGAGCAAACGUGCAGCAGGGAGAUUGGGUUCUUGUGCAUGCCGCGGCGGGCGGAGUCGGGCUCGCAGCUGUCCAAAUUGCCAAGGCUAAGGGUGCUACGGUCAUUGCUACAGCGGGCACUGAUAGGAAGAGACAAGUUGCGCGGGAUUUCGGGGCUGAUUAUACGAUCGACUACACGGAUGCAAAGUGGCCGGAGGCAGUGAAGAAGCUGUGUGCCGAGAACAGGUCCGGUAACGGCAAGGCUGGCGUGGAUAUCGUAUAUGACCCAGUUGGCAUGAUUGAACAGAGCCUGAAAUGCGUGGCAUGGAAUGCUCGGUUGUUGGUGAUUGGUUUCGCGGCGGGGAAGAUCGAGAAGGUAGCGCUCAACCGGGUGUUGUUGAAAAACGUGAGUAUCGUGGGUCUUCACUGGGGACAGUAUGCUACCUUUGAGAAGGAGACGACGGUGUCCGUUUGGAACGGGAUAUUCGAUCUGAUCAGGCAAGGCAAGUUCAGGGGCACUAGCUUCACGGAUGAGACGUUUGUGGGCUUAGAGUCUAUUCCCAGGGCGUUGAAGGCGCUCGGAGGGAGGGAGACCUGGGGUAAGGUUGUGGUGCAGAUUCCCGACGACAAAAGUCCCGGUAAAGAUAGUAAGCUAUGA